UUUGACCCCGAUAAUAUUGCUGGUGUGUGCGGUGGCGCUCCGUUACUGGCUGGGUCACUGGUGGCGCUACUGUGCCCAACAAAUCUUCCACAAGAGGGGAAUGACACGACCAGGAAAGGUCACACGAGACACCCGCACCCGCCACAAGUAGUCUACAGUGAUAGCACCGUUUUAUGUGUGACUCUGUCUUCUCCUCACUUCUCUGCUCACACCCAGCUGGUGGUGGAGGAGGAGAGAGACAAUGGGGUAACAAGAUGGCCCACAACUCUCGCGGGGACUCCCGCUACCAUCCUUACCAGACUGGAGGAGGCGGAGCCAGCGGGGGAGGAUAUUACUAGAGAGUAA